AUGCCUCGUUCUUUCCUGGUUAAAAAGUAUUUCGCAAAACAAAAACCAAACUACAGUGAACUGGAAUGUCAGAAUGACACCUCAGUGGAGAGGUUUCCUUUGGCUGAGCUCUCCUCAGCAGACGCCACCUUCUCUGCCACCUGCUUCACCACAGGUCUGGUGUGGGACCUGAGCGUCCUCCCCGCCCUCUACCUGCCCUCCUCCCAGUCAGAGCCGUCUGGGGCCCCGGGGCCCCUGGACCUCAGCUCCCCCUGCAGCCUCAGCAGCAGCGCCAGCAGCAGUGGCGAAGAAGAUGAAGGGCCCACAUCAGACCCCCCCAGCCCCGAACCUGUGCACACGUACGCCCCUCGCCAGCGGAUGAAGUGCACCGGCGUCAUGGCUCACAUCAGCACCCCGGAGGAGGAGGAGAGAGAAGCCCCCGUCACAGCGGCCCGGCCGGCCUUCCUCUGCAAACACUGCCCCAAGGAGUACACCAGCCUGGGGGCUCUGAAGAUGCACAUCCGCUCACACACCCUGCCCUGUGUUUGCACCACCUGCGGGAAGGCUUUCUCCAGGCCGUGGCUGCUGCGGGGCCACAUCCGCACACACACAGGCGAGCGUCCGUUCUCCUGCCCCCACUGCAACCGGGCCUUCGCCGACCGCUCCAACCUGCGGGCUCACCUGCAGACCCACGCGGAGGUGAAGAAGUACCAGUGUAGCGUCUGCUCUCGCACCUUCAGCCGCAUGUCGCUGCUGCAGAAGCACAGCUCCUCGGGGUGCUGCUCCACCUCAGCAUGAGAUGGAAGGAGGGGUGGGGGAGCUAAGAGAAGCUCGGAGCAGUGGAGAACUUCCAGCUUUGGACGAGAGGAGCGGUCCACACAAUCCUUGUUAGCCUGUCAAAGGCCCACAAAUCCACAAAGACCAUGACUUUUUUUGAUUUAAGAGACCUGGAGGGAAUCGAACCUCAUCAUGGAU